AUGUCUUUAGUAAGUACUACCACUACUACUACUACAACAAUAUCAACAACACCAUCUGAAAAUAUCCCAACCACCACCACCCCUAUAAUUGUGAAAACAUCAAAGGAAUGGAUAUUACCACCUAGGCCCAAACCAGGUAGAAAACCGGUAGGACAACCUAAUAACAACAACAACAACCAACAACAAACCCCACAACUGCAACAACAAACCCAACAACCCAUAAAACCAAGAAAGAAAUAUCAAAGGAAAACAACCGCAAAGUCAUCAAUACCGACGUCACUCACUCAAUUGAGUGACUUGUGUGAGGAUAUUAAUGAUUUGACAUCAGUAGUUAAGAAUAUCAAAAUCAUUGAAUCUGAAAACCUUUCAUUAAAAUCAACAUUAUUAUCAUUAAUUCAUGAUUAUAGUCAUUUGAAAAAUUUAGUAUUAAAUCCAAAAAUUUCUUUACCUCUUGAUUCAAAUGUUCAUAAGAGAUCAUAUAAUGAAGUACAAACAUUUGAUGAAACAAGUUCCAACAUAUCUUCUACUAAUGAAUUUGAAAAAUUUAUUAAUAUGGAUAUUGAUGAAGAUGAAGAUAUCAUUAAGAAAACUAAAUUUAAUAAAUACUCAAUUGAUUCUGAUUUAGAUGAAGAUGACAUUAUGAUGGAUGAAGAUUUAAGAUCACCACUGUUGUCUGCUACAUCAUCCGCAGAAUUAUCACGUACAACAUCACCAUAUUCAGAUGAUUGUUUCUCUGAAAGCAAUUCAUUAAUGUCAACCCUUACCCGUUCUACAACUGUUGAAUCAGCAUCAGCUCAUACUAUAUUUGAGAAGCCGAUGUUUUCAUUCAAAAAGGUGAAUAACUUUUUUGAUUUACCUAGAUAUGAAGAACAAGAACAAGAAGGUGGUGAUGAUUAUAAUUUUAAAUUUGAUGAAUUAAUGAAUGUUAAAAAAUCAAGAAAUGAUCAAUAUAAUAUGAUUACUGAUUUUUUGGAAGAAAAAUUAUUGAAUAAUGAUAUUCGAUAUUACAUUGAUAAUAACAAUGAACCUACUACUACUAAUGGAUCUAACAACACUGGCAUUAACGGCGAUGAGGAGCUAGUUUGGUAA